GCGUCCUUCAGGACCCAAGCACGCUUAACCCAAUGAGAUCAUUGGCGAUAUAAAUAUCUUCUUGCUCGCGGAUCUACAGUGCUUCAGCUCCUGGCUAUUAGCCACCUGAACUCUGUGGCAAAAAAGACGGACAAAAUGCAGGACAUGACUUAACUGGUGCAGAGAGGGAGAAAAGAAAAGAAAAAAAGAGAGUGAGAGAGUUGUUUUGGGGAAGAAUGAAUGUUGCUCUCUUGCUCGCGCUUAUAGCUCAGCUGAUUGGCACCGCGGCUGUUUGGUUGGAGGAUCACCUGGUGGACUCGGGUCGCCGCACUGGCACUCUGUACUGCAGGGUGGGCAUCGGCUUCCACCUCCAGAUCCAUCCCAACGGCAGAGUAAACGGGAGUCACGAGCCCAGUCAUUUCAGUCUACUGGAGCUGUUUUCCCUAUCACAAGGAGUUAUAGGAAUCCGAGGAGUUUUCAGCAACCGGUUUCUAGCCAUGAAUAAGAGAGGAUGGCUUCAUGCUACUGAGAGGUUCACUGAUGACUGCAAGUUCAGAGAACGGUUUCAAGAGAACGGCUACAACACAUACGCCUCAGUGAUACACAAGAAUCACCGGACUGGAAGAGAGUGGUUUGUGGCACUCAAUAAAAGAGGGAAGGCAAAAAUGGGCUCCAGUCCCAGAGUGAAACCUCAACAUGUGUCUACACACUUUCUACCCAGGAUAAACCUGCAAACAAAACUGGAACAAAGCUUUACAAUAAAGGACACAGAGCAGAAAAGGACUCAGGCUCUGCCAAAACCUCAGACCCCUAAAGUUACCAUGAACACCGGGCAGAAACAAACUCGAACUAUCAAGUACUGGCCAAAAUUUAGGUUUGGAUAGACUAGCAUUGUCUUAAUCUAGGAGAAAACAGCAGUACAUGAAGCAGUUUUCUCUUCCGAUUGCCAGCAUUCCAUUGAACAAGUUUCUCAACUGAAAUUGAAAUGUUUAUGUGGCUGAACCUGAACCUGUUGACAUGGGGGUGUUACAAAUAUUA